UAAAGCUGAACAUCAUCGGGGAUGUGAUUGACCAGGGCUCCACCAACCUCAGGGCUGACCCGUCAGGCUUCAGCCCCCACGCUGCCAUCUACUCCAUCAGGCCAGACGUACGCUGCUGCGUCCACGUGCACACUCCUGCCACCGCCGCCGUGUCGUCUAUGAAGUGUGGCAUCCUGCCCAUCUCUCAGGAGGCCUUGAUCCUGGGUGACAUCGCAUACUACAACUACCAGGGUAGCCUUGACGACCAGGAGGAACGCCUGGCGCUGCAGAAGGCCCUCGGACCCUCAGCCAAGGUGCUGGUGCUGAGGAACCAUGGAGUGGUGGCUCUGGGGGAAACCAUCGAAGAGGCCUUUCAUUACAUCUACAACGCUCAGUAUGCCUUGUGAGAUCCAGGUGAAUGCGUUCUCGUGUGCUGGCAGCUAGACAACUGAUUGUGUUAGAUGCUGAGAAGGUAUAAGUCUCGGACCCAUGCGGUGGCCGAUGCAGGGUUCUGUCACAUG